GCUCUUUUGCCCAUUGGAUGAGGAGUUAAAUUUCUGUGGCUAUUGUGUAAGAGUUUCAGUUGCCAUUUGAGGACAUGGAGGCUGCCGCAUUGCAAGCUACAAAAUUUCCGGCGACAUGUUCCGCCUCAACCUCAAUGUCGUCUCUUCAGCCGCCGUCUGCAUCCGUUGGAUUCCUCGUUCCAAAAUCUUUCAGAAUGAUUUCCUCCUUUAAGAUGCCCAUAAUUGCCCGAGCUUCCGACCCCAAAACUGACCAACCAAAUCUCAGCACUGAUGAACCUGGCUUUCCUUUCCUACCACAGGAGGAUUUGAACUUCUUAUUAAAACUGGGAGUCGGUUCGGUCGCCGGAGGAGCUGCAAUAAAGUACGGAAGCGUUAUUUUCCCAGAGAUAACAAGACCAAAUAUUUCAUUGGCUCUCUUUAUGAUAUCAGCUCCGGUGGUUAUUUCCGCUGUGCUCUUAUUUUUGCAAAGUCGUGCUGAUUCAAAAGAGUAAAAAUGAGGGUCAUUUUUGGAUGAACAGGCAAUCUCUUGGACCGUACCAAAACGGAAAGUCUAGGGAGUGGACGUUAGUAGCUCUAGACCAAUUGUUUUAUCCUAUUCAAAAUCGUCAGUCGAUGAGAUAUUAUUUAGUUCGCAUAAUCUUGUGGUUUCUUUUUUCAGUGUAAAGCAUGCGUGGUGAAACUCUGUAACCAACAAUUGGACGUUGGGAAUGCAAUUAUUAUAGGCAGUGAUGCCUUUUAAUUUUAACACCGAGUUGGGGAACUA